AUGGGAGCCAUAAUAUCUCUUCCUUUCACAAUUCUUAACCUCCUCCUACCAUUCACGCGAUCUGGCACACCUCUGUCGCAAGAUCUCUUACAUACAGCAAUCCUCUGCGGCACAUUAUAUUUUGCCCCACAAAUAGGCGAAUGGUACAAUGCGCAACGGCAAGCAGCAGAGGCAGGGUCAGGCCAAAGGGAAGACAAUGAAGAUGCGAAUCGCGCUGGCGAGCAACUCCCCCUAGACGAACGUCUGGUCCUGCAAGACGACGGCACAGAAGCCGCGCGACCACCUCGAGCACCCACACCACCGCCUCACCAGGCCCACGUUGCAGACCUUCCUGAACUACACCAUCCUCAACGACACAACCACGAAGAACGAGAAGUCCAACUACCCGACGAUGCUUUCGCCCCGGGCCUCGCAAACCCCCCACCACAACAGAACGCGAACCGCCCACCCCCAACCCAACGAGUAGUCGGCACCAAGAAAGCCAAAUCGCUUGCCCGGAAAGACCAACAGCGCGCUUAUAAUGAGUGGCUCCGCUCCGAAGCUGAAAUGCGGCGUCUCCAAGAAGCCGAAGGCCGCGAGGAACGCGAAGCAGCUUCUGCAGCAGAAAAGGCUCGGCGAGCAGCUGUAGAAGAAGAAAUUCGGGAAAGAGCGAGACAAGAAAGGGAGGAACGAAAAGCAGAGGAGAAGAGGGAGGCCGAGCUGGAGGCUGCGAGAAGGGAACGGGUAGUUGCAUUUGUGAGAGAGAAGAUGAGGCAGAAGGGCGCUGUGGAUCUCGUGGACGCGGCGUGGAAUGAGGGUAAAGACAGACUCUGGGUUGAAAGAUUGGUCAAAGCAAGCGGGCUUAUGCAGCAACUGCAGAAGGAAGGGGGGCAUGUUAUGAUCACAGGGCAGGAUUGGCUUGUCAGGAUCGAUAGCGAUAUUAUGGAGAAAGCUUAUGCGGAGGCUGAGCAAAUUGGGGAGAGAAGUGGCGGUAAAGUCAGCUUCGAAGAGUUUGGGGGGAUAGUAGAGAGGGCGGUCUUGGGCAGGGCGGCCGCUUAG